AUGGCCCGUUCCAUCGUGCUGACCGCCGCGGUGUUGCUCUGCUCCGGUGCUCUUUUCAGCGCCUUCGUGCCAGCUGCUCGCCCGGUCGUGUCGGCGCCGAAAGUCUCCGGAACGACGGCAGCAGUGACCACAGCCUUGAUCGCCCCACAGGCUGCCUUUGCUGAUGAGGGGGCGGUGUGGAUUCCGGCCCUUUCGGCCAUCGGGGCCGGCUUUGCAAUUGGCUUGGCC